AUGCGCACGCGAUGUUGGAGCCCGCAGAUGCUCGACCUCCGUUCACCAUGGAUGGCCUGGGUCUUGCUGUUGUCGCUAUGGCUGCCCCUGGCCCAGGGCAUGAAAGAUAGUCAGAUCAAGGAACUCAGACAAGAAACAGAGCACAUGUUCUACCAUGGCUUCGAAAAUUACAUGAAACACGCAUACCCCGAAGACGAACUGCGCCCGCUUACUUGUGCCCCCCUCGUCCGCGACCGUGAUAAUCCAGGACGCGCCGAUCUUAACGAUGUUCUGGGGAACUACAGCCUUACGUUGAUUGAUACGCUAUCCACCCUUGCGAUUUUGUCGUCAAGUCCUGAGAAUGGGGAGGAAUCUUUGAAUGAAUUCCAGAAUGGGGUGAAAGAUUUUGUCCGAUUGUAUGGGGAUGGAUCGGACGGCCCUGCUGGUCAGGGUGAGAGACAGAGGGGGUUUGAUGCUGAUAGCAAAGUGCAGGUUUUUGAGACAGUUAUUCGGGGAUUAGGUGGUCUACUGAGCACUCAUCUCUUUGCGGUUGGCGAACUUCCAAUCAGAGGAUACAAUCCUCCAGAGGCCGAAGCAGCCUUCGCAAGAGCAUGGGACAAGUUUUCCUCCUCGAAGAAGACACACGGAAUUAAGUGGAAGAAUGGAUUCGUCUACGAUGGUCAGUUCCUCCGACUUGCCGCUGACCUCGGAAACCGCCUCCUACCCGCCUUCUACACGGAUACCGGCCUGCCCUACCCUCGAGUGAACCUGCGACACGGCGUCCCCUUCUACGCGAAAUCUCCGCUAAACGCGGGCGUCUCUUGCGACGAGACUGAGCGGGAAUUCUGUGGGAAAACAUCUCGUUCCGCGGAGACGACGGAAAACUGCAGCGCUGGCGCGGGCAGUUUGGUGUUGGAGCUUACCACGUUAAGCCGGCUUACUGGAGAUGGUCGGUUCGAAGAACUUGGAAAACGAGCGUUUUGGGCCGUUUGGUCAAAGAGGACUGAUAUUGGACUGAUUGGAUCGGGAAUUGAUGCGGAGUCGGGGCGGUGGACACAACCUUAUACCGGGAUCGGAGCAGGCAUUGACAGCUUUUUUGAAUACGCCUUCAAGUCCUACAUCCUCUUGUCUUCGGGGGAACGUCCUUCCCACGAUAACCAAAGUCAGUGGCAUUCUUUGGAUUACCAUUAUCCCUCAUUGAGCGAAUACGAACAUUCGCCCGAUGCGUUCCUACAGGUUUGGCAUGAAUCACAUGCUUCGAUAACGCGUCACCUAUACCGCGGAGAAGGAUACCAACAUCCGCAUCUAAUCCAGGGAGAUAUCUUCACGGGAGCUACACGAGCCUUCUGGAUCGAUAGCUUGAGUGCUUUUUACCCCGGUCUCUUGAGUAUGGCUGGAGAGUUAGACGAAGCAAUCAGCAUCCACCUGCUUGCGACAGCGGUCUGGACCCGGUUCUCUGGCCUCCCGGAACGGUGGAACGUGGCUACAGGGAAUAUUGAAAAUGGUCUUUCAUGGUACGGAGGACGUCCUGAAUUUGCAGAGUCUACAUACUAUCUAUAUCGGGCGACCAAGGAUCCUUGGUACCUGCACGUUGGGGAAAUGGUCCUCCGAGACCUUAAACGAAGAUGUUGGACUAAGUGCGGCUGGGCUGGUCUCCAGGAUGUUCGGACGGGUGAGCUCAAUGACCGAAUGGAAAGCUUCUUCCUAGGAGAGACGGCCAAGUAUCUGUUUUUGCUGUUUGACCCUGAGCAUCCUUUGAACCAGAUGGACAAACCGUUUGUCUUUUCUACAGAAGGACACCCGCUCAUCAUUCCCGAGAGUACUGCGAGUGCUUCAAGCAAGAAACCCAAAAAGCAGAAGCAGACCGUUGAUCAGUUUAAUGAGCUGACCUGCCAAACUGCACCUCCAGCUCCGAACCUGGGCACAUCAUCGACCGCAGCGCGUCCCGAUGUGUUCCAUGCGGCGAGCUUGGCUCGACUGCACUUCAUGCCCAAUCGAGGAGCCGCCGAGGGGGCUCUUCUGGAAUAUGCAAGCGACCAUUCCAGCGUUUCGAUAUCUGACCUGUUAUCUCCUACAAACUACACGUUCUACCCUUGGACCUUACCACCAGAGCUGGUGCCAUUCAACGCGACCAGCUCGCCGAUGACAACCCGUCCAACGCUGGAUAUAUCAUUCCCCGCCCUCCCAGGAAUGGUCAUAGGCCCCGGUUCCCUGGAACGACUCCGAGAUGGAAUCCUAGUAAAGACGAUUGGAGGGCUCCGACUAAGCAUGGUCCAAGAUGUAGCCUUACCGACCGGAGCAGGCAGCACCGAUGAGGAUGGAUAUCGAGUACAAGUGCUCAACAACGUGCCGCUGGGCAAGGAUGAGAAGGUAUACCUUUCGCGUGACAUCACCUUUGACGUGUUGGAUCCCACUGAUCCGAACUUCACCCGGAUCCGCGACACCAGCAUGGUUGACCUCGUCAUUGACGUUAUUCCAGAGCUUCUCCAUCGGCGAAAUGAUUCAGAUGCUCAUCGAGAAUCGAGUGCCGGUGAAGGUGAAGCAGGACAGGAACCUUCCUUCGAUGACGGCGACGGCAACAACAGCGGCAGCGGUAACGACAGCCACGCCGAUGGCGAUGACGACGAGCCCUUAGCCGCAUCUGGCGUGAAAUCAGCCUGGUCAUCACUGAUGAGCUCCGUGUCGUCCCUCCUCCGCGAAGAAAUGCAAGGCCAUUUCACCUGGUCAUCAUCCACGCAGAAGAAGGUACCCUCGUUACGAUUAACGCUUCCCGCCGCCAUCUCAACAGGGAUUGGCUCCGCCCCUCUGCCAGACGUGCAAGAUGCAUCGACUGUGUCUCUGCCAGAGAAUCUCUCCUCUCAGCCGCUCUCCUGGUCGGCUAUCUACUUCGCCGACGAACUCUGCGACGAACGUGUGAUACGACAGGCAGUAGAGAACCAUCAAGUCCUCGUGGUCAAACGUGGCGGAUGCAGCUUCUCCCAGAAACUGCGCCAUAUAGCGGCCUAUCCGCCAUCGCGGUCCUCGUUGAAACUCGUCAUCGUGGUGUCGGAAGACGACUACCCUGAUAGUCCAGAUGCUACUGCAACUAGUCCAGGUGGAUCAGCGACCCUACUAUCGCGCUCAUUGGCAGCCCUACGCGCAGAACCAUAUCUGGUACGACCGUACCUGGACGAAGUACAAAUGACGACCGGGGGGGUUCCACGACGACAUCUGAUCAGCAUGGUAAUGGUCGGGGGAGGGCAGGAGACGUAUGAAUUGCUACGACAGGCGACGGGUGUAGGAAUUAAAAGACGAUAUACGGUGCAUUCGCAGGGGGUUCCGAUAAGUAAUUUGUAUAUUAUUUGA